GUAUACACAACUUCAAUUUGUCUUCCCUGCUUAGCAUUUAUAUUAAGCCUUAUGAUCUAUUGCAGCAACUUUUAUUAGUUAUCAACUGAUAAAAGAAUUUCUUGAUAAACAAUAGUACAACUCCUGCUCUACUGCUUAAACUUUGUCAUCUGUGUGCAGAUUUCUCUUCUCUUAUAGGCUAAAUGGCAGCAGAACCAGUUAAUGUGAAUGAGUUCCAAAUUCUGGCUAAGCAAGUCCUUCCAAAGAUGUAUUAUGACUACUACACCGGGGGGGCAGAGGAUCAGCAUACACUAAAAGAGAAUGAGGAAGCAUUUAAAAGAAUCACGUUUCGACCUAGAAUUCUCGUGGGUGUUAGUAGCAUAGAAAUGUCUACUACUAUAUUGGGUUACACUGUCUCAGCACCUAUUAUGAUAGCACCAACAGCUAUGCAUAAGCUAGCACAUCCUGAAGGAGAGGUUGCUACCGCUAGAGCAGCAGCUGCAUCAGACACCAUAAUGGUUGUAUCCUCCUCUGCUAGCUGCAGUCUGAAGGAGGUUGCUGCUAGCUGCAAUGCUGUCCGGUUCUUUCAAUUAUAUGUGUAUAAAAGACGUGAUAUGGCUACUAUAUUAGUGCAGAGAGCUGAAUGCAAUGGAUAUAAAGCAAUUAUCUUAACAGCUGACAGUCCAAGGUUCGGUCGAAGGGAAGCAGACAUAAAGAAUAAGAUGAUUGUACCACAGCGGAAGAAUGUGGAGGUUUUCUUACCACCCAAAGUUGUGCCUGAAAACGGUUCAGGCUAUGAAGCUUAUGCCAAUCAACACAUUGAUUCUUCCUUGUGUUGGAAGGAUAUAGAGUGGUUAAAAUCUAUUACAAAUUUGCCAAUUUUGAUCAAGGGUGUGCUCACACGUGAAGAUGCCGUGAAGGCCAUGGAAAUAGGUGUUGCAGGAAUUAUUGUCUCCAACCACGGAGCUCGCCAGCUAGAUUAUACACCUGCCACUAUUUCUGUCUUGGAGGAGGUUGUUCAAGCUGUUGGAGAGAAAGUUCCAGUUCUCCUUGAUGGAGGAAUUCGGCGGGGAACUGAUGUGUUCAAGGCAUUAGCACUUGGUGCACAAGCAGUCCUAGUUGGGAGGCCUGUUAUAUACGGGUUGGCCGUGAAGGGAGAAGACGGAGUGAGACAAGUGAUGAAAAUGCUGAAGGAUGAGCUUGAGAUCACCAUGGCCCUUUCUGGCUGUGCUACUCUGAAAGAUAUUACCAGAAGCCAUGUAAGGACAGAGCGCGAAAGACUCCACUCUAUGCUCUAAUGUUUGUCAGAAUUUAUUGGAAAAUAACCUCCAUAUUCAACUGGGACUAGCACCAUGUCAGCUGGUAUGCUAAAUAUAGACCCAAUAAAGCUCGCCCAUAUUUAAAAUAAAGUAUUGCCCAGCUAUGGUAUUUGUUGGUGCCAAUUGGCAUCCUAAAGGUCUCAUAUGGCAUCUAUGUAACAAUUUAUGUUCUUAAUCCUCUUAUACAUCCAUUUAAACUUUUUUUCUUUUCU